AUGUCGGACGUCCGGUCCAAGAACCUGUACGAGCUUCUUGGUAAUGACCCCGAGGAGGAUUCCGAUCGGGAGCCAUCGCCACCCACCAGCGCUAUAACCAAGGCCGCCCCUCGAUAUGGGAAGCGUGAGGGUCCUUCCGAACCUCCCCGUUCUGCCAACCCUGCCAAUGCGCGUGCUCCUCGUGCGGGACGUGCUGGAGGAAAUCGCUAUGGGAAUGAGCAAGCAUUCCGUGACCAUGACGCGAGCGCCCGAGCAAACCGCAGCAAGCCUGUUGAUGCUCCCCUACCGGAUAUCCCAACUGGUGUCGUGAAGAACCGCGACGUGCGCGGCAACCUCCUUCGUGAGGAUCGUACCAACCGCUCGGACAGAACCGAAACCAACAAACAAGUCGAGCAAGGUUGGGGCGCGACCGACGGCGAAGCCAACUGGGAUGACGAACGGGCCGCCGCCGCCUCCGCGAAGCGAGAAAAGAAAGAAGGCCCCGGCAGUGAACCCGCUGACGCUGAAGCUGCCGCUGCUGCCGCUGCCGCCGCGGAAGCCGAGGACAAAGCCAAAUCUUACGCCGAAUACCUAGCCGAGCAAGCCGAGCAGCGCCGCGAGGAUCUGGGCGUCAAGGAAGCGCGCAAGCCCAACGAGGGCGUCAAGGCUGACAAGAAAUGGGCCACGGCCCGCCAGUUCAAGCGCGACGAGGACGAGGAGGCGUACAUCAAGGGUAAAGAGGAGAAGGCACGGCGCGAGAAGGCCAGGAAGGAGAAGGCGUUUGUCGAGGUGGAUAUGCGCUUUGUCGAGCAGCCUCGCGGCGGGCGUGGUGGGGGACGCGGUGGCGGGGGCCGUGGAGGCGGCGAUCGUGGCCGUGGCGGGAAUGGCGGACGGGGCGGUGGUGGUCGUGGUGGGGAGUUCCGUGGCGGUGCGGGCCCCCGUGGUGGCCCCCGUGGCGGCCCCGCUGCCGGCCCCAGCGUCAACGUCGAUGAGAAGAACUUCCCGGCUCUUGGCGGCAAAUAA